AUGGAUAUCUCUUCAACACUAGAGAAUGGAUCUCAAGCCAGCUACGCGUCAGCUGCGGACCCAUUCAAUCUCUCUAGCAAGCUGAAACCAACAACCGAAGGCCAACAAGCAGAAGCCAAUACAUCGCGCAAGCGUGCCCUUCGCUAUAACCCCUUCAGCAAAAAGGACUCACAACUCCGAGGCGUCACGGAAUUCUACAAUUCACAAAACGAAAAAAUCAAGAGCUUUCUCAAGCCUGUCGAUGAACAUGUCCGCGAACAUGCCGAGACCACAGAGUCCAACAAGCUACAAUAUCGAAUCGCCGUAUACUCCUCUUUUAUAUGCAACAUCUUCCUGUCCGGACUUCAACUAUAUGGAGCCAUUACCUCCGGCUCUCUCUCCCUCUUCACAACAAUGGCCGACUCGAUAUUCGACCCGCUAUCAAAUGUCACCUUAAUUAUUUGCAACCGCCAAGCAAAAAAGGCCAGUUCACACAAUUUCCCAGUGGGGACUUCUCGCAUCGAAACCGUAGGCAACAUCUUCUUCUCAUUCAUCAUGAUGGCCGUCUCCCUUAUCCUGGUUGCUUUCUCCUGUCAAGAGCUCGCCGAGGGCGGCUCCUCGGCCUUCCACUUGCCCUCCGUCAUCGCAGUCUCGGUAGCCUUUGCCGUAAAACUGUGUCUAUUCCUUUACUCCUUCGCACUACGCAAUAAGUACUCCCAAGUCCGAAUUCUAUGGGAAGACCACCGCAACGAUCUCUUCAUCAACGGCUUCGGUAUUCUCACGUCUAUGGGCGGGUCCAAGCUCAAAUGGUGGAUUGACCCGAUGGGCGCCAUCAUCUUGUCCCUGCUCAUUCUGGGAUUGUGGCUGCACACUUCUGUUGGAGAGUUCAAGUUACUCAUCGGUGUGACUGCGGACGCGGAUACUCUGAAUCUCAUUACCUAUGUUGCCAUGACGCAUAGCGAACAUGUACAGGCAAUUGAUACAGUGCGAGCAUACCACUCUGGCCCGAGGCUGAUCAUCGAGGUGGACGUUGUCAUGCACCCGCAGCAGACAUUGCAGGAGUGUCAUGAUGUUGCCGAGGAUCUGCAGGUUAAGCUGGAGAGUUUGCCGAAUGUGGAGAGGGCGUUUGUGCAUGUUGAUUAUGAGACGACACAUCGGCCGGAACAUUCCAAGAAGGAUAUUUGA